CUUUUCUAGUCAAUAUUUGUUCCAGUUAGAGUUGUCUGCAAUGGCUGCCCUGCAGAAAUCUGUGAACUCUUCCCUUCUGGGAGCUCUGGCUGCCAGCUGCCUCCUCAUUGCCCUGUGGGUGCAGGGAGGAGAAGCUGUGCCCAUCGGCUCUCACUGCAGGCUUGCCAACUCCGACUUCGAGCAGCCCUAUAUCACCAACCGCACCUUCAUGCUGGCUGGGGAGGCUAGUUUGGCAGAUAACAACACAGAUGUUCGUCUCAUUGGGGAUACACUAUUCCACGGAGUCAAUAAAGAAGACCACUGCUAUCUGAUGAAGGAGGUAUUGAACUUUACCCUUGAAGAAGUCCUGCUCCCCCAAUCCCAUAGAUUCCAGCCCUAUAUGCAGGAGGUGGAGUCCUUCCUGACCAAGCUCAGCAACAGGCUAAGCCAAUGUCAUAUCGACAGUGAUGACCAGCAUAUUCAGAGAAAUGUGCAAAAUCUGAAGGACACAGUGAAAAAGCUUGGAGAGGAUGGAGAGAUCAAAGCAAUUGGAGAACUGAAUUUGCUGUUUAUAGCCCUGAGAGAUGCCUGUAUUUGACCAGAGCAAAGCUGGAAAAUGGAUGACUAACCCUUCUUGCCUGUUAGAAAUAACAACAAGAUCCCCUACAGGUUUUCUUUUACCAAAAGGAAAAUGGGAAGCCAACAUUUACAAUCAUGCGUGGAUUCUAAAUUAACCCCUGCUUAGCUUAAAAAAGAGAAAAAUGUCAUCUGUGUCUGGAAGACCAGAAGGCCAACCCUCCAAGCUUAAUGAGAAUUGCUGAUAACAUUUUAUUGUAGUCGGUGUUUUAUACGCAGAAAUUUAUUUUUUUAAAGCAAUUGUCUAUUCCCAUCAAAAAGAUUACUUCCUCUUCCUUUAGGAAC